AUGGCUGAUGUUUUUCUGACCAUGCUUUCAAACCAAAGUGUCACCAUCUUUGAUAUUCCACUUAUUCUUGAGCUCAUUUCCGAGAGUCUGUCAAAAAAAGACCUUCAGCAAUGUAUUCUCGUCUCACAUGCUUGGCAUGAUGCGUUUAUCCCAUUUCUCUGGCAUGACAUUCGCAUUUUCCUUAAAUGUAGCCUAAAACGCUUUCGAGCUGAAGAAGUUCAUUCUGUUUUGCUUUCCCAAAACAGGGCUUCUUUGAUACAUUCAAUAACAACAUAUCGCGGGGAGCUUUUCCCAUGGCUGCAACCGAAUCCUCAAAGAAAUAAACGAGAACGGAAGCGAUUGCGUAGACUACAGCACCAGCAGGUGCAAAGACAAAAAUCUAGCCUUGACGCCAUCGUUGAUGUCCACAACAAUAAUAUCAUCAAAAUGAAUAAUGAAAUCGAGGAUCAAUGCAAGGUCAAAGGCGGCGAGGAUGCUCAAGGCAACAUUCAUUCGACCGCCUUUAGUCGUCUCCACUUGUCGCCCUCCAAAUUUGCACCACCUCUGCCAGCACAAGUGUCCAGUUUUGAGCCUCUUGUGUUGACGAACUUGAAGGUUCUUCGAUGUCUCUCGUUCCCAUGCGACCUUCUCAGUACUGGGCACAACAAUGAAUAUCUGUACCAGAUCCUGACAUUUGUGGAAGCUUGCCCGCAUUUGCACACGUUUGAGCUUGAUCACUUUGUCUAUGAAUCUCAUUUUAUCAUCCGUCUGAGUAAAGUCCUCUGCCACCAUAGUUCCCUAAAGGACUUUUCACUCUUACCAGCAAAAGCCAUUCACUUAAGGGAUCUACAAAUCUUGCUUCGGCAUUGUAAUCGGUUAGAAUCGCUCGAAGUAGCUUGUUAUCCUUAUUGUCCUACAACUUCAAGUGAGGAGGAGAUGAAGGAGUUAGAAGAGAUGCCCGAGACUACAAUUCGACACCUGAAUUUCGCCAGGGUAGUUUCUUCGGGCCUCAUUCCUACUCUAGUCGCAUUUUUGAAAAAGUGUCCCCAAUUAAUCGAGCUACGAUUCCUGGAUCAUAAUGAAUCUCAGCUUCUGAUGGAAACGAUUACAAACUAUUUACCGAAACUUUGCCGACUAGAUUUUUCGCGUACUACAAUACAAAUUGCAAGGGUGAUCAAUGCCUGCCAGACCGGGAUAGAGUCCUUCAAGGAUAUCUGCCUUGCGAGUUGCUCUGCAGUUCAAGGUCGGGAUAUUCAGGCGAUUUUGGUAUCGUGUCCAAAUCUCGUGAGUUUCCAUGUUAGAAUACCUACGGUUAUUGGUAGAGCCUC